AUGAGAGCUUUAUUUCUUAUUCAAUGUAUUUUUGCAAUUGACGACUCAACGGCAACUUCCCUCAUUCGACAAGAAAUUCAACGAUGCAAGCAGUACAACAUCUACCACGAAACGUGCGUUGAAAAUAUAAGAAGUUCAUUUUCAAAUCGCUAUAAUUUGCCUGUAACUUGCGCUUUUACAUCUGACUGGGAGACUGUUCAAGCUCGAACCUGGUGGGGAAUAGUUGAACCCUACUAUGGGACGAUCAUGUGCGGAGAAUUGACCUACGUAAACGUCAAUCAGAGCAUUUUGAAUUCCGUGAGCGCAGAAGCUGGACAAGCCUGUGCAGGUCUGAGUGGAUAUGAUUUCAACGGGUGCGCGAAUAACUACAUCAAUGAUCAUGGAGGAGCUCGAUUUUGCUAUGGCGCUGGUUCGUGGAAUCUGAUUGUAUCGGCACCGGCUUACCAGUACUGGAGCGGCUGGGGAGGAGCAUAUUCUUAUGUUGGCCCUUCUUAUGUCAUUGCUACUUGUAUUGACAGAUAG